CUGCCGGCGGGCGGGGUAAGAUGGCGGAACUGGGGAAGAAGUACUGCGUGUACUGCCUGGCCGAGGUGAGCUCCCUGCGCUUCCGCUGCACCGAGUGCGCCGAUAUCGAGCUCUGCCCCGACUGCUUCUCGGCGGGCGCCGAGAUCGGCCCGCACCGCCGAUGGCACGGCUACCAGCUGGUGGACGGCGGCCGCUUCACGCUCUGGGGCGCCGAGGCGGAGGGCGGCUGGAGCAGCCGCGAGGAGCAGCUGCUGCUGGACGCGAUCGAGCAGUUCGGCUUCGGCAACUGGGAGGACAUGGCUACUCACGUGGGAGCAUCCCGAACACCUCAGGAGGUGAUGGAACACUAUGUGAGCAUGUAUAUCCAUGGCAACCUGGGAAAAGCCUGCAUCCCUGACACUAUUCCAAACAGAGUAACAGAUCACACGUGUCCCAGUGGUGGCCCACUUUCUCCUAGCUUGACCACGCCACUCCCACCAUUGGAUAUAUCAGUGGCUGAGCAGCAGCAGCUGGGAUACAUGCCCCUUCGGGAUGACUACGAGAUCGAAUACGAUCAAGAUGCAGAGACUCUGAUCAGUGGCCUUUCGGUAAACUAUGACGAUGAUGAUGUGGAGAUAGAGUUAAAAAGAGCUCAUGUAGACAUGUAUGUAAGGAAACUCAAGGAGAGGCAACGGCGGAAGAACAUUGCACGAGACUAUAACUUGGUUCCAGCCUUUCUGGGAAAGGAUAAAAAGGACAAGGAGAAAACUCCCAAGCGAAAGAUCACAAAAGAAGAGAAGGAGUUGAGGCUGAAGCUGAGGCCUCUGUACCAGUUCAUGUCUUGUAAGGAGUUUGAAGACUUCUUUGAGAACAUGCACAAGGAGAGGAUACUUCGAGCAAAGAUUCGGGAGCUGCAGCGGUACCGUCGCAAUGGAAUCACCAAAAUGGAAGAGUCGGCAGAAUACGAGGCAGCCAGGCAUAAACGGGAAAAAAGGAAGGAGAACAAAAACAUAGCUAGUUCCAAGAGAGGGAAGGAAGAUGGUAAAGAGGGUGAAUUUGCUGCCAUUGAAAACCUGCCUGGCUUUGAACUUUUAUCUGACAGGGAAAAGGUGCUCUGUAGCUCACUAAAUUUGACUCCUGCACGUUAUGUGACUGUGAAAACUAUAAUCAUUAAAGACCAUCUCCAAAAGCGACAAGGAAUUCCUUCAAAAAGUCGCCUUCCCAGUUAUUUAGAUAAGGUACUGAAGAAAAGGAUUUUAAACUUUCUAACAGAAAGUGGUUGGAUAUCCAGGGAUGCUUCAUGAAACUCAGCUGAUCUAAAAAAAACAUACGAGAGGCCCAUUGUAGCCUCAAGGACUGUUAUUUUUUUCCUUCCCUCCCUAAAGAUACAGAAAUUAUGUCACUUAAAAACAAAAAUAAGCAAAAAUGUAACACCACCACCCCCAGUAUUCAUGAUCCAUGGUCCUUUUGCUUUGAUCAUGGAAAAUAAUUAAUUGUGGAAAUUCUCAUUGCAUUUCACUGCUUUUGGCACAUUAUUAGAACAGAUUUCUUUCAUGUGAACUUGGAUCCAAGUCCAGUGGUUCCAGAGUAGUUUCUUUACUUCCUACUGCUGGACAGAUGAAUAUGGGUGUAAUCCUUGCUUUUUAUUUUUUUUGAAGGAGAGGGAUAGUUUCCAGCAAAUGAAACUUCUCCCUUUUAUUUUGGUAUAAUGCUGGCAGGAAAGCCAAGUUUCAGGACACAAGUCCUGAGCUCAGGAGCGUAUUGAGCAGGGAUUUUUAUGACCAUUGCUAAGCUUUCAGAACAUUCUCCUUAGUAACUACAGCCAAGGUGCUGUCACAGUGGGGUGAAUUUUUGUUGAGGAUACAGUAGAGCUGAUCCAUGGCAGGGAGUGAGAGAAAUUAAGUAGGUGAGAUGCCUUUGAGUGCCUGUGCUGUGGAAAGGAUUCUUGAAGAGCUAACCUCACACCCAGCUGAUCCAGACAUAACUUUGACUAGAGUUUGUGCUGAAACAAACCCACUGAAGCAUCAGUGUUAAAGAACUGGUAGGAAAGUUGCGAGAGUACGGGACAGCUGUGGUGCUCUGCUCUGGAGGAUGGCUCAGCACUUACUGGGAUGUAGCUGAUUUGGGCCAGAAAUCAGGUUUGGGAAAAUAGGCAGUGAGUUGUCGUGCAGCAGUUGGGAGCGUCAGGCAGCAAAAAUCACCAUUUUCUCUUGUCAAGGAGCCUUCUUCUCCUUUGUACCCAUAAUUUCUUUGUGUGGGCAGAGGAGGUCUCUCCUCCUGAAUUCAGCUGGCAGGCGACAGGGAAAGGGAGCGAGAUUCUCAAACUGAGAGCAAUUACUGAGAUGGGCUUUUAAAAAUAAAAAUGAGAUGUAAUACAGAUGAAGUCAAAAUGCACAGCUACUGUGCGCCUGUAGUGCAGAGCUGUAAAUGAAGCCAUUCCUGGGUUCCAGGUGCAGGUAUCUUGUAACAUACUGGGCUAAACAGGUUGAAGUUUGACAUUACUGAUCUGGCAGGAGAACUGUGAAUGCGGACCACUGCAGUGAGAACAAUGCAUAUCAAGAGGUAAGGACUGUAGUCUGAACUGGGUGUGCCUGACAGGCAAGCACAGCGUGGAACAGGAGUGCCUGAUCCACAGCAAGAUCUUUUAGCAAGAGCUACUGGGUAAGGGAAAGAUCUUGAAGGAAGACGAGAAAAAGACUUUUGUGCUAAUUUAAUCCUUAAAUUCCCAUGCUGGUAAUUAAAAAAAAAGAACAAAAAUUGGUUGUUGCCACAUGGAAGUUAGCACAGUGUUAUUCAUGCCUAAGUCUCUCCACUAGCCAUGUCCCAAGGAGGAUGCUGUGACCAGAGGCCAGUCGGGCAGGUCUUCUAGAGUGCAGGUGUGUGCCAAAACAUGGAGCUGCAAUGGCUUCAGAACAAGUGCAAGCACUGGAAGCGUCACCUUGGUUUGAUGCUUUGGGCUGUAGUCAGUGAGGAUACCACAAAAUCCUUAAAUGGUGUUAGUUCUGCAACUCCGCAGAGGUAUACUGACCAGAACGGGGUUUCAGUUAUAUGUCCGGCAUUACUGAAAUAGUGUUACCAGUGAGUUUGUAUCAAAGGGGUAGAAUUACAAAGCCAGCAUUUCUAAAGAGGAAAACCAAAACUCUAGUGCCUUUUCCUUUUGAGCUUGUGGUGUUAUCUCCCUUCAAAAAAGGUAAGGGCUAUGUUCUUGGAUGUAAUAACUUUGUUUGGCCUACCUGUAAGUGGUUUGUUGUGGACUACUUGAGACAAAACUUAUUUCUCCUUGGCAGCAGUGGAAGUAACUCCAAUGUGCUGAGUAGCUUUAAGAACCACCCUGUAUGCACAUACAAACAGCACACAAGUUCAUAAGGUGUAAACCCUUGGUUAUUUUCUCUGUCUUACUCCUCUGGAAAGGAAGCUUAGCAUUUCUUUCCAGUAUUUCCAUUAUGCAAUUUGGCUCUUCCUGUAAUUUGUUACCUAACUGCCAUAACAUACCAUUAUAGACAGCGUUCUGGAGCCUCAACUCUGCAUGUAGCUGGGAGUUUAAAGGAAUAAUUUUUUUAUUAUUAUUUUUUUCCUUCAAAUCUGCAAUUUUUGUAUUUCUACAAUAUUUUGGCACAUCUAAGUCUAAUUGAAGCAAUAGUCUAAAGCCCAUCUGAACAAUAACUUAAAAAUAAUCUAGGCACCAAUGAGUCUUCUAAACAUUGAAGUGAAGUCUCCAUUUACACUUUGUAGUUUCUUGAUUCCUCAGCCCCUCAAAAAUGUUUCUUCGGUGCUAGACGUAACUUAUUGAACAUCAAAAUGAAUGUAAAAUAAAGUAUUUUUAAUGUAUGAAAUAUGGAUAUCAAUAUUUAUUUUAUACUUGCAAGGAAAUUCAAGGUGGUAAAUGUUUGCUUUAGCAAAUACUAGUCCCUUGGAAAGGGCUUCCCUAGAAGCAAUGUCUUAUUGUCAGCUAUGCUUUUAACUUUAAAGGUGACUUGCACUAGAGGAUGCUGCGGUUCCAUAUUUUCACAUGGAGCUGAUAUAGUCUAAGCAUUCCUUUGUUAUGAGCUGCUGUCUGUUUGUUUGUUUCUAAGUUGAGAUGCAGUUAUCUUAAUGCAGCAACUUACUAGAGCUUCUCCUCCUCUGCUAUGAAGGGGCUAAGAAAAAACAUGGCAAAGAGCUCUUCAACUUGUAUCUUCUUGAUCUGGAAGCGCUUCCGUUACUGUGCAAAUAACCUAACUGUCAUGUUGCUAAUGAGAAGGUGUUUUAUAUGCUUAAUGCUCUUGACUUUUCUAAUUAAAGAUAUUACUAAUGAUAGUAUCUCUCCUAACAGCAUUGUUGUAAGCCUAUGAAAAAGUGACACUCCAUAAGCUGUUCAAAAUACUGAUCAUCUGCUACUGAUAGAGGCAGCAAUAAGUCUGUUUUAAUGCUGUAUGUUUACUUCAAUCAGUCCCAGUGAUGUUUUACAGUAAUAUUUGCUCACAAGGUGACAAGGGAGCAUUAAUCUCCAUUCUGUGUGUACUACCUAAGGCAGAAGGGCUUAUUAGUGUUCUGGAUACAGACCCUCCUGCCCUAUGUUCCAUUGCAGUCCCAGCAAGUAUUAAGAAAAGCAUUAGUAGGUUUGCACCAGUCUUUGACCAUAAACUGCCUUGUAAAUCACACAAACUAAGCUCUCUGCCAUUAUUCUUUGAGGUGGCUGCAUCAAAUUUCUUUGCAACUGUUAACAGACUUCAAUAGCCUUUCAGUUUACUAUCUCUUCUUGCAAAAUGUUUUUGCAUGUGCCCCAGUUGCUCUUAAGUGAAAACACAUUAAAUACUGUGAAGGAAGAUCCCUGGUGAGCAUGUUCAGCUCAUCAGCUUCUUCCUUAAAGGGAAUGUUGCACUCAUUUGAAUGGUGUACUGGCGCAGCUGUGCCAGACACACAAACACCUGUGCUAAAAUCCUGUAAAACCUAACUAAUGUUGUGCACGCUCAGCAUUUUACAAGUUUUUUUUGCAUUGUAUAUUGGAAAAUAAACUCAUAUUAAAGUUUC